AUCAGUAAUGUUAACAAAUAUUAUUCUUUGGUCCAAUGAAAGGACUGACAGUGAAAACCUAAACAAGACUAGAACAGCUCCUUAAUGUAUUUGCAGCUCUGAUAUUUGUGUUAUUUGAUUUGACUUUAUUUUCUUUUGCAGAGAUGAACCUGGAUGAGGACAGCGGCCUGUCAGUCAGCUGUGGCAACGGCAAGCUGAGGCAGUGGCUGAUUGAUCAGAUCGACAGCAGGAGGUAUCCCGGCCUGGUUUGGGAAAACGAUGAGAAAACCAUCUUCAGGAUUCCAUGGAAACACGCAGGAAAACAAGACUAUAACAGGGAGGAGGAUGCUGCCCUCUUCAAGGCGUGGGCAUUGUUUAAGGGGAAAUUUAAGGAAGGUGUGGACAAACCAGAUCCCCCCACGUGGAAAACCAGACUACGCUGUGCCCUUAAUAAAAGCAAUGACUUUGAUGAACUCGUAGAAAGGAGCCAACUGGACAUCUCAGAGCCGUACAAAGUCUACCAAAUCAUUCCAGAGGGAGCCAAGAAAGGAAUGAAGAUGAGCAGCAUGGAGGAGAUGCCGUCACACGCAAAUGCUCUCGGCUACAUUCCUCCAUAUCCAUCCCUGCACAACCAGGUUCCCGCCUUCAUGGUUUCUCAGGAAAGAAGGGACUGGAGGGAUUAUCACGCGCCGCCAGAACAGCAGCCUCUUCCUAACACACAUCACCACGGGCCGCAUGCGGAGCUGCCGUAUGGCCAGUGCCACUACCCGUCGCCCAUCAGUCGACCUUGGCCCGGGUCACACACAGAAAACGGUUUUCAGCUCUCCUUCCACACCUACUUUUCGGAAUCUCAGUCGCCCGUGUACGCGAUGGACCACAACAACGCCGUAACAGAUUUCAGCCUGCACGUGUCCCUUUUCUACCGAGAGUCUCUGGUGAAGGAGGUCACCACCACCAGCCCAGAAGGUUGCCGGAUCACCUCUUCGUCCUCGUCCUCUCCGUCCUCUUCCUCCUCCUCCUCUUCCCCGUGCCCGGAGGACAAGUUUCACAGCGGGGCGGAAAUCAUCCUUUUUCCAUUCCCGUACCCCGAGUCUCAGAGGCAGGGCGCUGACAUGCUUCCUAACGUCCUGGAGAGGGGGGUGCUGCUGUGGAUGGCGCCUGAUGGGCUGUACGCCAAGCGCCUGUGCCAGGGACGAGUGUACUGGGAAGGACCUCUGGCUCCGUAUACGGAUAAACCCAACAAGCUGGAGAAGGAGCAGCCGUGCAAACUGUUCGACACCCAGCAGUUCCUUAUUGAGCUCCAAGAUUUCGCCCAUAACGGUCGUCAUGUGCCGAGACACCAGGUGGUGCUGUGCUUUGGCGACGAGUAUCCCGAUCCACAGCGCCCGAGGAAGAUGAUCACAGCACAGGUGGAGCCAGUGUUUGCCAGGAAACUGGUGUACUAUUACCAGCAGAACAAUGGUCACUACCUGCGGGCCUACGAUCACAUCCAGGAACAGAACGCCUCCCCAACAGUUGACUACCCGUCCCAGAGACCUCUACAGCAUAUUCAGGAGUGACGAUGCACGCAGGAGGGCACGCAUGUGAAUUUAAAGCUCUGACCUUUUAGCAUGCCUUGUGACUGCGGUCCCACGUACUGUACGGUAGAAACUGUCAUGGUAGCUGCCGAGGGGUGGAUAUGGGGAAGACCCUGUCAUAUUCACUUGCACACCUAUGCGUCGUAAGCUUUGUGUCGGGGACUGUGAAGUUUUUUUUUGUUUUGUUUUGUUUUGUUUUUUUUUCUCUACAAAUAUUAUUGUGAGAGUGUGAAGGAUGCGGUUUGAGGGUGGAGGGGGGGAUGAAGGGAGCGGAGGGCAGCAGAGACAGGAAGUACUAGCACAGGUGCACAGGAAGAAUGGCCCCUUAGACAAAACACAGACACGUCGAAGGGACAAAACAGCAUGAAUGACUACUUAUUCUUUACAGGUAACAGUUGACUAUGUGAUUCUUGCACUCACACAUUCAGACGGUGCUGAAGACAAUCAUCUCUUCUCAGCUUGUUCUGUGGUUGAAAACCUUUUUUGUUUUUUUUUACACCUAAACCAAAAACCUUUGCUCAGAAGAGCAAGUGAGCAACGUCGGUGGUUAGUCCACUGUCGUUCUAAAUUCAGGGUUGCAUUGCAAUUUAAAAAAAAAAAGAAGCUACAACUAAAAUGUGAAUGCAGAAGUCAGCAUGCUGCAGAAUGCACGCACAAGAAUCAGUCUACUGACUCUGAUCAGCUUUGAAAAUGAUCAGAUUCCUUUAAAUUAUAUCAAAGUGAUGAAUCAAAAUCUGAAAAGGUGGCAAGUUCUCAUAAAUAAUUUUGCUUGCUAAGACUGAAUCCCUUAUGUCCACUUCACAUACGAGGCAUUUCACUGCCCUGUAGCCUCUUACUUUUCCGAUCUGACUAUAAAUCUAGAAUUUUAUUGGGAAAGUCAAGUCAUUUGUUUGGGCUUAGUCAUGCACUCCAUUAAUGUUUUAUUUUUUUUUUGCAUUACAAAUCAAUCUCAUAUCUCUUAACAUUCAUGUUUUCCCUCUAAAGCCAGUGUUAAGCCGUGGUUAUACUCCAUUGUGGAUCCUCAUACAGACAUCUGUGGACACUGAUGGACGCAUAGUCGUUGCAAGAAGCCGCGCAAUGCGUUCUGGUCACGUCACGAUGCAUUUUGAGAGACUGGAUGUCUUGUCGCCUGCUUCUCGUUUGCAUACAGUUGAGGUCUCGGUUACUUUUUUGCAAAUCGGGGGCAUUGAACCGCCUCGUGGCGCCUUUGGAAUCUCCUGAAGAACUUUAAGAUAACUGUUAUUGACUUAUUUCUCAUCUCACAAGUUAUCAGAAACCCAUUUUGGCUGAUUGUCUUUAUAAUAUAAGAGAAAGCUUCAAACAAGCCACCGUGUUGGUCUGGUGAAUGAAGCCUUCGUCCAAUCAGGUGCAGUCCGUGUUUGUGAGGUUAGUAGGAGGGUAUAGCCUGCAUUGGUUUCCUGUUGUUGUUACCCAUUGUUUCACCUGUCAACUAUUGCUAGGAAAGGGCAAACGCUCUCUUGUGUUUGAAAAUGCCCUUCCUCUUGGGCCAUAGAUACAAACUUUAGGCUGCACACAGACGUCCAUAGAAGGUUCUUGGGGGCAUGAUAAAAUUUACAACACCUGGAGCUUUGUGCGCUGGUGGCAUCUGUGAUUGUCCUCGAGACUAGAGUUGGCAUGAUGGAAAGUUUGUCUGCAAGAAUCCAGUCCACAUUAACCCCUUCCAUGGACAUCAGGUGAAACUCAAAAUUGAUAAGAACUACACUACAAGGACAGUAGUGCAUACAGAGUCCAUGGAGUCUUCCAGUUGGAUUGGAAAGUAGUAGAAUAAGAACAACUGUGCAUAUGUGGCGUCUGCAACUGUCUAUGUGCUCGUCCGCAAGCAAAUACAAUCAAGGUUUAAGGGGUCACCUAACAUAGAAAAACCUAUUUUUACUUGCUAAUGUCAUGUCGUUUCAUUGGCCUUCAUACUGGAUAGUUUUUGUUCUUCAGGUCUUUAAAAACCGGCUUUAAAUCUUGUGAUUAUCGCUAAAAAAAACCACUUUGCUCACAACCAAAAACAAAAAAAACGCGUGGGACCAUUGGUGUAGAACACAUUAUCAGAGAGCAACUUUUGGUUCAGGUCCUGUGUGACUGACUGUGAUGACCUUACUAGAAUCAAGAAGGUUGACUGGAAAAUCACACUCAUCCCGCAACUUGCAGGGAAACCGUACCUGUUCCUCUUGACCUGAAACUCGUUGCCUCACAUUUGGGAAGGAAAACUACCUUUGUGGUCUGUGUGCAGGUUCUGCAAGGGAGGAGUUCUCAGGUUCCCAUGUCUCAGAUACUGUAGGAGGCUCACACAGUGGAUGCAAUGUCCACUUAAAGCAGCGCCACGAGUCCCACACAAUGAAGUGGAUUCUGCUCGCUUUACAGACACGGAAAGCCAAAAUGAGUACGUUGGAAUUUCUCAUGCUGUUGAAGUCCUAAAGGUUAAUGUAAAGUAGGAGGGAUAAAGGUUUUGUUAUAUUUUUCUUCUGUGGUCCAGAGUUUCGAUCUCUGCAUUUUACUUCCUUCACACUUAAACCACAUCACUUUCACAAUGGCUUCAAAAAGUCUGACCAAAAUCACAGGCGGGAAUGUUUUUCUUUUUUUUCUUGAACCAUAAAUCCUCUUUCCCCUCAAACGUGUAGUCAGCCCCCUGAUUCUCUGCAGAGUGAAAAUUUUGUUUCACAUUGCUUCACAGUCAGACAUUUGACUCAUUCGUCAUCCAUCACUUUAAUGUACAACUUGCCGGCGUGUCGAACGCUGCGUAUGUGUGAGUGUGUGCGCAGAAAAAAAAAAAACGACCACAUGUGUGCAUGCGUGUGGGCGGACGCAUGUGUGUCACACAGUCAUGGUGUUACUGUUAUUAGGAAUUGACAUUUAUGGACUCAGGAUAAAACAUGUGACUCCCCCACCCACGACAUCAGUGACUCAAACACAGACACACACACACACACACACACACCAAUUUCACAUCACAGUUUACAGUUACAGUAAAACAUUCAGCAAACUACUGUACAGAGGAAACUAAAUUUCUAAUACACACAGUUUUUUUUUUUUUUUCAGAAACGAUUACAAGCACCAGACAUAAAUGUGAUUUUUAAUAUAAAACUGCUGUUGGAGCAGAUCGACUUUGAAAUAAACUCCUCAUCUGAAACUA